AUGGCCCCAGCUGUCACCAGGCUCGUUUGUCGGUUUCCAAACUGCAAUCGGGUCUUCAAAAACAAGUCUGGCCUCACUCAGCACACACAUGCGAAGCACGGUACCCCACAAAUACAAAACCUCAAUUGCACAGCUCCGCUCGCAGGUCCCGGAUUUAUACCUCCACGGAGUCGUUCUCCCACUCCAGCAGGUGUUAUCGAUGAGAAUAUUUAUGAUGACCCGGCUGGCGACCAGGGUUUUGUACCUGAGGAAGGGCUCAAAUGCGAUGCUAAUGGGGCAUUUAUUGACCAGGAUGCACCCCCGCCACCUCACACGGAUGCCCCCCCAACCGAUUGGACGCCUUAUGACAAUCGUGUUGAAUUUGAGACGGCGGAAUUCUUAUUCACGCGCAAUCAAAUGUCUGCAAGGCCAAUUGAUACACUUCUCGACUUGUGGGCCGCGACUCUCAUAAAGCACAAUGACGCCCCCCCAUUUGCAAACCAUAGGGACAUGUACGCUACAAUUGAUGCAACACCACUCGGCGAUACCCCUUGGAAGAGCUUUACAUUGUGCUACAAUGGAGCCAAACCUGAACAAGAUGUACCGCCGUGGAUGGAUGGACAAUAUGAUGUCUGGUAUAGAGAUCCAUUGGAGAUGAUGCGCGGCAUUUUGGCAAACUGUGAUUUCGAUGGAGGAAUCGAGUAUUCACCCUACCGCAAUUAUACUACCGAGGACAAACGAUAUUGGACGAACUUUAUGUCUGGUGACUGGGUGUGGAAUCAUGCAGAUGUUCUCGCUCAAAAUGAGGAGAAUCAUGGUUCGACAUUUGUACCAUUGAUUAUCGGCAGUGAUAAGACUGUUGUUUCUGUCACUACUGGUCAGACCGAAUACCACCCACUCUAUCUCUCAAUCAGGAACAUUCACAAUAGCGUACGACGGGCACAUCGCAAUGGUGUUGUGCUCAUUGGAUUUCUUGCGAUACCAAAAUAUUUUGAGUCUGUGAAACCUUUCAUGGAAAAUUUCGAUGUCACACGCUUUCCGGAUGGCCACUAUCGACGAACGGUGUACGGCUUGGGCCCUUACAUAGCGGACUAUCCAGAACAGAUACUUCUCUCUGGCGUUGUGCAGAACUGGUGUCCACAGUGUCUAGGAAAUAGGAAGGACCUUGACGGUGCUCAACCAUGUCUCCAUCGACGCAAAGCACAUACCGAGUUGCUCGUCGAACAACUCACAUACAAACAGGCUUGGGAACAGUAUGGCAUCAUUGCCGAUCUCACUCCAUUUACAAAUGACUUUCCUCGAGCGGACAUCCACGAGCUCCUAUCUCCGGAUAUCUUGCAUCAAAUAAUCAAGGGAACUUUCAAGGAUCAUCUGGUUGAUUGGGUGGGAGAGUAUCUUCUGGUCACACACGGUACCCGUCAUGCGGCUGAGAUAAUGGAUGACAUUGACCGCAGGAUAGCAGCAGUUGCCCCAUUUGCUGGGUUGCGACGCUUUCCUGAUGGGCGAGGUUUUCGGCAGUGGACGGGUGACGACUCAAAGGCAUUAAUGAAGGUCUAUCUAGCUGCAAUUGAAGGUCACAUCCCUCAAGAUGUGGUGCGCACAUUCAGUGCAUUUCUAGAAUUUUGCUACAUUGUGAGGCGCGAGGCUCUCACUGCAGAUGACCUCAUAAAACUACAAGAUGCCCUUGACCGCUUUCACCAAUAUCGGGAGAUCUUCAAGACAACCGGUGUGGUCUCGACAUUCUCCCUUCCGCGUCAACACUCCCUGUGCCACUACAUAUUAUUGAUUCGACUUUUCGGCGCACCCAACGGCCUUUGCUCUUCAAUUACCGAGUCCAAGCACAUCAAGGCAGUUAAAGAACCUUGGCGCCGAUCUAGCAGGUUUAACGCACUCGGACAAAUGCUACUAACAAAUCAACGCCUCGACAAACUUGCAGCCGCUCGCGUAGAUUUUGAGGCACGUGGUAUGCUUUGUGGCUCUUGCCAUCAUGGGCGCCUGCGUAUCCACGAGCCUCAAAAUCAAUCCGUUGAAGUGGAUGCUGGUGAGAUUAUUGAUGGACCGACUGUAGAGUCCCAUGUUGAGCUUGCAUUAACUCCUCGUAUCCUCGAACUCGAGCUUCCAUGCCUCCCGUUUAUGAUUCAGGAAUUCAUACAUGAUCAACACUAUUCAGACGAUCCCAACCCUCCUGAGUUUGAUCCGGCAACAGCGCAAGUAUUCCUAGGGAAACUCACCCUCUUUAAGUCUGCUGCAGCCUCGUUCCAUGCACCCAGUGAUCUGAGUGGUACAGGAGGUAUGCGUCGUGAGCACAUCAGGGCAACACCAUCGUGGCGCACUGGCGAACCGAGGCAUGACUGUAUCUUCAUCAACAUGGGUGUUGACUUCGACUCUCCCAUGAAUGGACUCGCAGUUGCACGAGUCCUUUGCUUUUUCUCAUUUAACUAUCGGACCUCAUACUAUCCCUGCGCCAUAGUUCAUUGGUAUUCUUAUGUCCACGAAGAACGUGAUCCCGACACAGGCAUGUAUGUCGUCACGCCAGCGACAACUGGUGACAAUGUCCCAGACGUCUCAAUUAUUCACAUCAAUUGUAUCUUUCGCGCUGCCCAUCUCAUUCCAGUCUAUGGCCCGGACUUUAUCCCAAAAAUAAGUCCACACGACUCAUACGACAUGUUCAACUCCUACUAUGUCAACAGAUAUGCCGAUCACCACGCUUUUGAAAUAGCAUGA